AUGAAGAAGAUCUUUUCAUCAGAGACCAUGGACAUCCCCGACGGCGUGAGCAUCAAGGUUGAAGGCCCUCGCGGGGAUUUCCAGCUCAUCACCGAUGAGAACGGCAAGAAGAAGCUCAAGAUCGAGGCAUGGUUCGGUACCCACAAGAUGAGGCUCGUCUAUGCCCAUUUUCCCAUCAAUGCUAGCAUCACUAAUCACAACAAGGGCAUCAAGAUCCAUAGCUUUCUACUUUUCGUGAGGAAAGUGGAUAUGCUUGAUGGAGUUUCCAUUGUGCGAUCUGAGAAGGUGAAGGAUGAGUUGGUUUUCGAUGGAAAUGACAUUGAGCUUGUUUCUAGGUCAUGUGCCCUUAUCAAUCAGAAAUGCCAUGUUAAGAACAAGGAUAUCAGGAAGUUUCUUGAUGGUAUUUAUGUUAGUGAGAAGGGGACCGAAGUGAUAGAAGAGAAAUAA